GAGUUAUCAAGAACCAGAAACCAUGGAAUCCUAAGAACAAGCAGAACCACAUCCAUAGGCAGUGACAUAUAUAUCAUGCGAUGAGGCAAAGGGACGCAUGAAUUUGACUCAAAAAGAAGCCUUUGAUUCCUCAGGAAUGGCAGGUCAAGCAGCAGCUUCAUGUCCUUCCCUCAGCACCAAGAUCUCCCUCCCGUCAAAGCCGCGGUUCGCCGUCGCUCUCCCUUGCCCUCUCGCUCCAUCAAGCGCAAGAAGGGCGCAACAGAAGAGAUUCAAGAUUCGUGCCGAGUUGGGGGGAGGUGAUGCUGAAACCAAGAAAGGAGCGAAGAAGAAGUUCAUAACCAGAGAGGAAGAGCCUGAACAAUACUGGCAGACAGCAGGAGAGAGGGAAGGCGAGAAUCCUAUGAAGACGCCCAUACCGUACAUCAUCAUUUUCGGCAUGUCGACACCCUUCGUCAUCUUGGCCAUCGCUUUCGCAAACGGUUGGAUUAAGGCACCUGUCCGAUGAUCUCACUCUGGGACACCGUGCCCGCCGCCGUGAUGCCACGGCUGGAGUUGUUAAUGCUACUUGACAUCCUUGUUAAAUGAUUUGAAGGCCAUCUCGCUUUUUCUAUGAGCAUCCGUUUUGUCCAGGGUUUUAUUUUACAUGUCCAAACGGUUUGUUUCUCCGUGAAAUGUUCAGUUGUAAGAGUAUUUGGAUGUAGAAAUUGCAGCAUAGCUAAACAUUGUCCUAGGCUUGACCCUGGUUGAGCGGAAAUGUAUAUCAGAAGAGUGCAAUGAAAUCAAAGAACGACAAUUUCUGCUUCAUCCUU